AUGGCGGAUCAGCUGACCGACGAUCAGAUCUCCGAGUUCAAAGAAGCAUUCUCUCUAUUCGAUAAGGAUGGCGAUGGUUGCAUCACGACCAAGGAGCUGGGGACCGUGAUGCGUUCCCUGGGGCAGAAUCCCACGGAGGCUGAGCUCCAGGACAUGAUCAACGAAGUUGAUGCUGACGGAAAUGGGACCAUAGACUUCCCGGAGUUCCUCAACCUGAUGGCUCGCAAGAUGAAGGACACCGACUCGGAAGAGGAGCUCAAGGAGGCUUUCCGGGUUUUUGAUAAGGAUCAGAAUGGGUUUAUCUCGGCAGCUGAGCUUAGGCAUGUGAUGACAAAUCUAGGGGAGAAGCUGACCGACGAGGAGGUUGACGAGAUGAUCCGCGAGGCUGACGUGGAUGGUGACGGGCAGAUCAACUAUGAAGAGUUCGUCAAGGUCAUGAUGGCCAAGUGA